AUGAGAACAUCGGUUUUCACAGAUGAUUAUGACAUGGAUGAUUUGGAAAUUGAAGUUUCUUCAGAUUCUGAAGAUUCUGGUUAUUACAGCAGUGAUGAAUCCGACAGUAGUAUGGACAGAUUAUUAUUAAAUAUAUUGGAUGAAGAGGAUGGUACUGAUUACGGGUAUUGGAUUCCUUUUGAUAUAGGUGCCGGUAAUAAUGAUAGCGAAUCCAAUAUGCCUGGGCAACUGCAACCUUCGAAUGAAAUGCGAUCGAUGUGUGGUAUAUGUAUCGCACCCAGUGAUGUUCAGCGAUGCAUAUUUGACUGCCUAAACAACGAUGAAUGCUUAUGUCAUCCAGAAUGGGAAACCACAUUUACUGAUGCUGGAAUAGAUUCAUUUCAUCCCUUGCAACAUCAACGAGCAGCACACAAUCCAUCAAGACGCCGAGCAUUGUUUAGAAGGUAUCCACAUUUUCACUCACCAGAUGAUCGUUUACAUCGUGUGCAAAGUGGUCGAAUCUGCCGUCGAAGAUAA